GAUUUAUAGGAGAAUCAUGGUUCGACUGACCGUGGAUCUAAUUGCCAAAACCAGCAAUUUUAAGCCCCGAAAAGAAGAAACUAUUUCACAGUACCUGAAGAAAAUAACUCAUAUAAAUUUUUCAGAUAAAAAUAUAGAUGCAAUUGAAGAUCUCUCUCUUUGCAAAAAUCUUAGCGUUUUAUAUUUAUAUGAUAACCGGAUUAGUCAAAUCACUAACUUGAAUUUUGCCACAAAUCUGACUCAUCUGUACCUACAAAACAACUGUAUUUCAUGUUUAGAGAACCUCAGAUCAUUAAAGAAACUGGAAAAACUGUAUCUGGGUGGCAAUUACAUUGCUGUCAUAGAAGGUUUAGAAGGAUUAGAAGAACUAAGAGAGCUUCAUGUUGAGAGUCAGAGGCUUCCACUAGGAGAAAAACUUCUGUUUGAUCCAAGGACUCUCUAUUCUCUGGCAAAAUCCCUCUCUAUAUUGAAUAUCAGCAAUAAUAAUAUUGAUGACAUAAGAGACUUAGAAAUGCUGGAGAAUCUUAAUCAGCUCAUAGCAGUUGACAACCGACUUUUGCAUGUGAAGGAUUUGGAAUUUUUACUGAGCAAGUUGAUGAAGCUGUGGAAAAUGGAUCUAAAUGGAAAUCCUGUUUGUCUCAAGCCAAAAUACAGGGACAGACUGAUCUUGGUGUCCAAAUCACUGGAAUUUCUUGAUGGAAGAGAAAUUAAAAAAAUGGAAAGACAAUUCCUAAUGAACUGGAAAGCAUCCAAAGAUGCCAAAAAAAUCAGCAAGAAAAGGAACACUAAAAGUGAGGAUGCAAGCAACUCAUACAUAAGUAACUUUGAAACAAUGCAUCACAUAGUUCCUGUUUACUACCCACAGGUGGGUAAGCCAAAAUUAGUCUUUUUCUCUGAAAUACAAAGAUCCUUUCCAAAUGGAAAUGCUUCUCCAGAAACAUCCCAAGAAGAUACAAAGACCAAAGUUACUGAAGAGAUGGGGAAUCUCUCUUUGAAGGAAUCUCAAAGCUUGCUGACAAAAAGUGAUGUACAUGAACCUCACCUUCUCCAAAAAUCAAUAGAAAAUUCAUUUAUGGAAAAUGAGUAAAUUCAGCCUAAAGUGAUCUGAAAUGUUUCAUUUUUAACUUCACAGUAGUACUACACAACAACAUCUUUUGUGGGUUUGUAGUUUUAUAGAAUCUCAUAUAAGAAAAACUUCGUUUGAUUUUGCUUUUUUAUA